GCAAAUGACUCGGUGAGCGAAGAACACACACUCCGCCAUUCUCUCUCCGCACUGUAUCUCUGUCUCUCUCUUCUUCUCUUUCACCUGCACGCACAUCUUAUACGUACAUGCCUCCCUCGCCACCGUAACUGCAUCAACCACCACCUAUCCUUCGCCGGAAAUGGACGGCAAGAGGACCGACAGCCCCCUCUACGGCCGCCAGUGGAGCAGCGAGUCCGCCGCCGCAGCCGGCGGAGGGGGCUCCUCCUCGCCGGCGCGCUACCACCACGCGCGCUCCUCCUCCGGGUCCGGGGCCGGCCUCUCGAGCGUCAAGAGGACCCAGAACUUCGCGGCCAAGGCCGCGGCCCAGCGGCUCGCCCAGGUCAUGGCCUCCCAGACGGCCGACGACGACGACGACGAGGACGGCGACGAUCUCGGCUUCCGGUACAGCGCGCCCCCGCCGCUGUCGCUCUCGAGGGCCAACGCGAGCGCCGGCGCCCGCGGCAGCGGCAGGCCCGGCGGUGCGGCUGCGAGGGUGGCUAGAUCUCCUUCGCCCGCGCUAGCGAGGAACUUUGUGGAGGAGAUCCCGUCAGUGCGCUCAGCAUCGACCGGAAGGCCUGCAAUGUCUCCUCGGCCAUCAUCGUUAGUGCCGCCCGGCAAAGUACCGCCGCUUAGAACUGCCGUUUCUUUGCCACCAAUUGAGCCUCCAUCUGAUCGUCCGAGAGAGAAAAGAUUUUCAUCGGAUAUAAAUCUAAACUCCAAAUCUAAAGGAGACCAGCAUGAUGCUUCUGCACUUCAGGAUGAACUUGAUAUGGUCCAAGAAGAAAAUGAGAAUAUUCUGGACAAGCUCAGACUCGAGGAAGAGAGGUGCAAGGAAGCAGAGGCCAGAGUUAAGGAGCUAGAGAAGCAGGUUGCUGCACUUGGAGAAGGCGUGUCCUUAGAAGCAAAACUAUUGAGCAGAAAGGAAGCUGCAUUACGUCAACGAGAGGCUGCAUUGAAAGAUGCAAAGCAAUCAAGUAAUGGGGUAGACAAAGAAGCAGCGGCUCUUAGGUCUGAAUUGGAGAAUGCCAAGGAUGAGGCUGCAGUUGCUGUCAAACAGCUUCAUGGAGCUGAAUCUGAAGUAAAAGCUCUUAAAUCAAUGACUCAGAGAAUGAUAUUGACUCAGAAAGAGUUGGAAGAAGUCGUUCUUAAAAGAUGUUGGCUUGCUCGCUAUUGGGGUUUGGCUGCAAAAUAUGGUAUUUGUGCAGAUGUAGCAGUGUCAAAGCAUGAACACUGGUCAUCCUUAGCACCUUUACCAUUUGAGGUGGUCCUUUCUGCUGGACAGAAGGCUAAAGAGGAGUAUUCAGAAAAAGGUGAUGACGAUCCUGAGAGAAGCAAUAUUGUUCAUGACUUGAGUGAUCUAACGGGUGAGGGCAAUAUUGAAAGCAUGCUCUCGGUUGAAAUGGGAUUGAAGGAGCUAGCAUCCUUGAAGGUUGAGGGGGCUAUUGUGCUUGCAUUGGCGCAACAACGGCGGCCAAAUUCUACACGAUUAUCAGCAUCAGAUCUCAAAUCUCCUGGUGAUCCGAAAUUCAUGGAGGCAUUUGUAUGGCUGAGACCAGUCCUUCUAGCCACAAGCUUUCCAGUGAAUUGCCAUCACCUGUAAUCCUGAUGGGCAAAAUUUGCAAGUUUCCCCUGUUAGUUUGGCAAAGUUUGGCCUGAUCCUAGAAGACUCGAGAUAGAGUCAUGUUUCAAUUUUAGUGGUGUCCAAAAUGCUUGUAGUCGGCGAAUCGGUGGACUUCUGUAUUAUGAACAUUUGAUUGGACCGUUUACCAGUGGGAAGCAUAUGUUGAUAUUACCAGCUAAAAGGAACUAACGUCCGUAUGUGGUUUAGGCGCACUAUACCGGUUCAAUCUCAGGUAUCAACCAGUGUGAACAAAUCUCAUAUUGGACCUCCGCCGGGUCUUUCAUCACCUCGAGGUCUGUUCAUCUAAAGUAGAGUUCCUCGUCGUCAAAGAUAACAAAGGAACAUUAUUUCUCUCUCCAGCAACAUGAUUUUGGACUUAAACUUUUAGCUGCUGAUAAUUUAUAAGAGUCUGUAUACCAUACCUGCAUUUUUUAUUUUUCUGAAAAAAGUAGUGUUACCUCACUAUGUAUUAGCAUUUCAUCAUUGGACAAGCCUAACGUUGCUGAUCCAGCGAGCUUCUGAUUGAUUACAUAUCAUUGAUGGUGUAUCCGUUGCCCAUAACCUUCGUUUCUGAGAUCGAUAUAGACUUCGGACUUCGUCGUGUCUUCACACUUCUGUGCUACAAUGGGUGCUCUUUGGAUGAUGAUUAUGUCAUUAAAAUAGCUGGUCACACUUGCACGAGUGAAUCAUAUUUUCUAAUAAUCUUAUCGAUGAUUACAAUGCGA